GCGAGGGCGAGGGCGGGGUGCGCGCGCGCGCGUGUGUGCGUGUGUUCGGGUGCGCGCGCGCGAGAAGCUGCCGCCGCCGCCGCCGCCGCCACCGCCACCGCUGGGCCUGAGCCAUGGGCUCGUCGCAGAGCGUGGAGAUCCCCGGCGGGGGCACCGAAGGCUAUCACGUCCUGCGAGUGCAAGAAAAUUCACCAGGACAUAGAGCUGGAUUAGAGCCAUUCUUUGACUUUAUUGUUUCUAUUAACAAUUCAAGACUGAAUAAAGACAAUGACACACUCAAGGACCUGUUGAAAGCAAAUGUGGAAAAGCCUGUCAAGAUGCUGGUUUACAGCAGCAAAACUUUGGAGCUCCGAGAGACAUCAGUAACGCCCAGCAACAUGUGGGGUGGGCAAGGCCUGCUGGGAGUGAGCAUUCGUUUUUGCAGUUUUGAUGGGGCCAAUGAGAAUGUCUGGCAUGUUCUGGAAGUUGAACCAAAUUCUCCUGCUGCACUCGCAGGUCUUAGACCUCAUAGUGACUACAUAAUUGGCGCAGAUACUGUCAUGAAUGAGUCUGAAGAUUUAUUCUCCCUUAUUGAAACCCAUGAAAGCAAACCAUUAAAACUUUACGUAUACAACACAGACACUGAUAAUUGUCGGGAAGUGGUUAUUACCCCAAACUCUUCCUGGGGUGGAGAUGGAAGCCUAGGUUGUGGCAUUGGAUAUGGAUACUUGCAUCGAAUACCUACGCGCCCUUUUGAAGAGGGAAAGAAAAUUUCUCUUCCAGGACAGUUGUCUAAUACAUCUAUUAGUCCACUCAAAGAUGGCUUUACAGAAGUUCAGCUCUCUUCAGUGAAUCCCCCACCCUCAUUACCACCUGGAACUACAGGAACUGAGCAGAGCCUGGCUGAGCUUUCCAUCAACUCAGCGCCUGCGGUCACCAACGUGCUCAAUACAGGUGUUCCCACGGUACCUUUAUUGCCUCCCCAAGCAAGUCAGGCCCUUCCUCCAGUUAACCCAGCAGGUACAUCACCAGGACUGAUGCCUUUACCUGCUGGACUUCCCAAUCUCGGUAAUAUUCCAAACCUGAAUUUACCUGCCCCACACUUAAUUGCUGGUCCUGGAGUAGCAGACAUUGGACAUCCUGGUUUUCCACCACUUCUUCCCUUGCCUCCAAUAAAUCUCUCUGGAAUCACUCCUCUGACACCAGAAUUUCUUGCACAGUUUCCAUUGGUUACUGAGGGGUCCACUCUACCUACAAAUCUGCUUGCCUCUGCUCCUCAGGUGAGCACCCUACCUGGUAAUCUUGGCACUGCUGUAAGUGUGGAACAAACCUCUUCAUUCAUCCUGGAUACUGCUGUUCCUCCUUCCAUUACUACAACUACUACAACUUCCAGUCCUCCCACUGCCAAGCCAUCUGCUCCUGAAGACAGGGGAGAUGGAUCAACCACAUUCAAUGAAAAACCAGCAUCCUUGGUCACAGAUAUAGCUGCUUCUGAAUCAUCAUAACUUCAGCUGAUUGGUUGAAUUGGGCUUGGUGUAUUUAUUCAGCUAUGGGAUAAUAUUAAAAAAAAAUGCAAACUAUCAUUAAUUUCAUGCUAGUUUGUAUUUUGCUGUUAGGAUUCCUGUAAAUAUACUGAGAGUGACUUAAGGGUCUGGGAUUUUUACAACAGGCUUGAUGCAGAGCAGGAUAAAGGGGAGGAAGUGCUUAUAUUUAAAACAAACAAGAAAGAAAGAAAGAAAAUAUCAAGGUAGAAUAUGCAGACUUCCAACUGCCAAAUUUUGAGGUAUUUUUUUAAAUCAAACCUGAAUUCAGUAGGCCUCCUUGCUUACUUCCCUCCGCCCCCUCAUGUUUUGCUUCUGUUAGAAAUGAAGAAGAAGUUCAUGCUUGUGGCAUUUGAAACACAUAUUUCUUGUACUUUGCAAGAAUUAGAAUCUCGGUGAUACAUUGUGAGGGCGGGAAGUGUUUACUUUUGCCCAAGUUGUACAUUUUAGCACUAUAAAGACCUUCAAACUAAAACUGUUUUAUUAAAAAAAAUAAAUUCGGA